AUGCUCAAUGAAAUACAAUUAGCAAACAAGGAGCAUUUGAAUGAACAUCAAAUUGAAUUUAUUAAUAAAUUCAACAAACACCAAAAAAAAAUCGAAUGUCAAGAAUGCAAAGGAGCAUGGAUAAACAUCAACAGAAUAGAUCACAUGGAAGUAGGAGAUGAAGAAAGUACAGAGAUUGUACUAACAUGCAAAAAAUGCACAAAACACUAUGCAAUGGAAGAGGUACAAGAAAUUAUGUCGAGAGCCACAAAGGAAAAAAAAAGACAAAUAGGAGAAAAAAACACAAUAACAGGAAAAAAAAAGGGAGUACAAUAUACGGAAGAAAUAGAAGCCGUAGUAGUACAGUAUGAAUUGCACAGAGGACAAAUAUCAUGCAAGAAAUGUAACACAAUUGGAAGCCUACAAAAAAAUGGAAGCAACCAAAGUAAACCCCCUAAGCCACAAUACAAGUGCAAAAAAUGCGAAAAAGGAACAACAUAUGACGAAAUGAAAACCAUUUUAAAAUACGAAACACAAUCAACAAGUGAAGAACAAAUGGAACUAGACAUGAGAGAGGAAGAUGAUUUUGAGGACGAUAACGAAAAUGAAAUAUCGGAUAUAUCAGACAUUGAAAUGGAGGAGGAGGAGAACGGAAUAGAAGAAAAAAUUGAUAUUUUAACUGAAUUGAAGAUAAGAAUGAAACCAUCAGAAAUAAGAAGAAAACUGGCUUUUGUGGGAAUUGACAACAUACAAGUACUGGACACAUACUGCCCUGACUGGGAUACAGUACUUUUAUUAAUACAUGAAAAAUACAAAGAGACGGCAGAAAAAAAAUUAGACCAGGCUGGUAUACAAACAAAAGAAUAUAACUACUUACAUGUUUCACAUUUGAGAGAUAGCAGACUUACAGGAUUAUCGAAAGAAGAAAAGACAACAAAAUUAGAGCAAAUUAGAAAUAACUGCUCAAUGAGAGCACUCGACUUUAUAAGAGAGCCAGUAAAAAAAUCAGUUGCGAGAUGUUUUCACCGACAAAAAAUAAUUAGUGAUGACCAAUUGAAGCAAAUACUAACAGGACGAAACGUAGUCGAAGCAAUGGAUAUAUUCAAAGAAUCAACAUCAGAAGAGAACCAAACCGCCCCAGUUGGAGAAAGCCAAGGCGACGACGAGACACAAACAAACCACCAAAUAAUAUUUAAUGUGUGA